AUGAAAUUAUCUGUCAAAAUGUUGCUACUACUUUUUUGCAUCUUGUUGACUUAUAGUAACACAGAAGGAAAAACAACAGGAAAACCAAUAAAUGAAAAGGAUUUGGAUAAGGUUCGUCUCGAUCAAAAGGGAUUUGAUAAGGUCAAAACAAUUCACACAAAUUGGUAUGUGCACUCGAUGAAAGCGCUCAUUGCUCAACUGUCAAGGAAUCUCUUGCCGAAACUGAACGAUGGUAAGAAAGUCAAUAGAGCACACUUAUUAAAUUUGAUUUCAGAUUUGAAAAACGAAUUCGCAGAGUGUUUGGAAAAGAUUCAUGAUAAGAAGGAUUUGGUGGAGUCGUCGAAAUGUGUGAUGCGAGCGCGCGAACAAUACAAAGUGCAGGCGAAGUGGACACGGAAAGGACCUAUCACCAAAUAUUCCGUGUCUGCAAUGAAGGCCAAACUCCGCAAAGAAGUCCAACAACCUAAGCCCACAAAAAUCAAUAUUCGAAAGUUGGAAACUCUCAAAAAGGCACUUCCAGAAAAUUUGAAAAUUUUCACCAAACAAUCCAAGCUCGAAAAGAAGAAGACUGCUCUGGAAAUAGCUAGAAACAUCCAUCGUGCUCGAAAACUUCCAUCCACAUCCGACGACGUGAUUAGCCAGAAAAUGAAGAUGUGGAAGAGCCAAAAACGAAUUGAGCUAUGCCAAAAUCGAGUGUCCUGCUCUCAGUCGAAAACUGAUUUGAUCAUGGAAUUCAAAAAGAAAUGGAGACGUCAUCAAAAGACGUCGAUUAGAAGUAAACGAAGUUUGACUCGUUUAGUCGUGGAUUCCGUUUCCAAAUCCGAUGGAAAUGCUCACGGAUUCUUUGUGAAGAAUAUGAAUCGAAUGCCGAAUUUGAGAACAAAGGAGAAGAGCCCAGUUGAGAGAGUUACAGGCUUGUUGAGAGCGUUUUUGACGAAUCAGACUGCAGCCGAUCCAUCCUGGGCCGACACCUACAAAGCACUAAUCAAUUUGAAAAAGAAAAUGGAUGAAAAAGAGAGAGAAUCUGGAGCGAGAGUUUAUAACGAACGGAUGUAUGAUUUGGUGUUGGAUGUGCCUCAAAAAGAAACCAAUGGCUUUGAAAUGUUUGAUAAGAAAAACAUGCCGGGACUUGUUCGUCAGGCUUUCGACCUUAUGGCAACUAUUGAUAAGUCUGGCAAAAGAAAGGGUGAUUCGAAUUUCAAAUUUUUGAGCCCUCGAUUCGCGUCUGUUAUGCCUGACAAAAACGAGAACCGCGGCCGGCUGUCUCCAUCGAUUCUGUCAUUCUACGCUGACGAGUCGGAAGACCAGAUUCUUCCGCUGCCAAAGAUGCUCGACGCAACUGGAAUGCGUGACAAGGAUCGUAACGACAUCAUGGAAUUAGUCAUGGAUGUUUCUGGAGUCAAAGGCAUCGUUCAUGAAUCGAUGAAAAUGUUGAAAGCCACAGACAUGCCUGAAUUGGAUUUAGCAAUGGAUAAGAACGCGCAGAAAUCGCUUCAAAUGGUUCAAGACAUUCAAAAAUCAUAUAACCAAAAACAAAAGAAGGAUAUGAAGAAUAAGGGGUUCUCUUUGAUGAGUCCAUUCCAGAUGGAAAAGUUGAUGACAGAACAAGGGAUUCUGGGAAGGGAUGAUAUUUUCAAUUUGAAAGAAUACGCAAUGAUGACGAUUGGACAGCGAAAGGAGAUGGUUUGGGAUAUGGUCAGAGGGAUUGCGUUUGGACUUACUGGAGCGCAAGCCCCUCAUUCUUUGCCACAAAGAAACUCAACCAGUGGUCGUGCUAAACGUCAAUCAUCGGUUUGGGGACCCCAUAUUCUGUCGCCAACAGUUCUUUCGCCGAUUCUCUUCACUCCCAUUUAUGGAUUGAAUGUUUUGGGACCAACGGUCCUUUCACCUGGUCUCUUCACCCCUCUGAUCCUCAACCCUGCCGUUCUCUCCCCGUACGUCUUCUCUCCAACUGUUGGAAUUCCUUUCAUCCUGUCCCCAUAUCUCCUAUCCCCUUAUGUAUUCUCUCCUCUGGUUAUGGCUCCUUUCAUUCUGAAUCCUUACGUUUUGUCUCCCAACGUCUUCAAUCCAUACGUGCUCUCUCCACUGAUCCUCUCGCCACUAGUCAUUUGUCCCGAUGUGGUGUCUCCUAUGACACUGGGUGGUGCUAUAUUGUCACCGGCUGUGUUGUCCCCAUCGAUUUUAUCCAAAUCUUAUAUUAUGGCCAAUGUGUUAUCACCAACUUUCUUGUCUUAA